AUGUAUCAAAGGUCUGGGGUUACUCAUUAUAUUAGAUUGCUUUCUCCUCGAAGAUGCCGCCUUAAGUCCUCGUUUGCAGUUGCUUUAAACGCCGCCAGUAAGUUGGUAACUCCCAAGAUUCUUUGGAAUAACCCCAUAUCAUUAGUCUCGAAGGAGAUGAACACACUAGCCAAAAAUAUAGUUGCUUUGAUUGGCUCAGGCCACCCAGUGCUCAACAAAGUUACGAGCUACUAUUUUGAAACAGAAGGCAAAAAAGUACGUCCUCUGUUAGUGUUGUUGCUCUCGAGAGCACUUUCUGAAAUUCCUUUAACAGAAAGAAAUCACUUUAAAAUUGACACCUCAGAUGUUCCUGAGGACCCCAUUUACUCCAAACCGAGUCAAAACCAACUAUUUCAGCGUCCUUCAAAUAGCAUCUCCCCUCUUCAUAUCCUUCACGGUAUUAAACCACUAAAUCCCUUGACAAAGGGUCCGGAGCCCUUGCCAGAGGAAAAUUUUGACAGAAAAAGAGGUAUUUUACCCAAACAGAGAAGAUUAGCAGAGAUUGUAGAGAUGAUCCACACUGCGUCUUUACUUCAUGACGACGUUAUUGAUCAUUCUGAUACAAGAAGAGGAAGACUAAGCGGUAAUGCUGCUUUCACCAACAAAAUGGCAGUUCUAGCUGGUGACUUUCUUUUAGGAAGAGCAACAGUAUCAAUUUCAAGAUUACAUAACCCUGAAGUUGUGGAACUGAUGUCUAAUAGUAUUGCAAACCUUGUUGAAGGUGAGUUCAUGCAGUUGAAAAAUACCUCCACUGAUGCGGACAUAGAAACAAUUGAAAAUGGUCACAAACCACUUCCAAUUCCCUCCAAAAAUCUUGAAGUUAAAGAGCAUGAAUUCCGUGUUCCUAGUCGCCAACAAGGGCUGCAAUUAUCUCAUGAUCAACUGAUAGAAACUGCAUUUGAAUAUUACAUACACAAGACAUACCUAAAGACGGCUGCUUUAAUAUCAAAAUCUUGCAGAUGUGCUGCUAUUCUAUCUGGAGCAUCGCCUGCUGUUAUUGACGAAUGCUAUGAUUUCGGUAGAAACCUUGGUAUAUGUUUUCAGCUCGUAGAUGAUAUGCUUGAUUUUACUGUAUCUGGAAAGGAUUUAGGGAAGCCGUCAGGUGCAGAUCUAAAACUAGGUAUUGCUACAGCACCAGUUUUAUUUGCAUGGAAAGAAGAUCCAUCCUUGGGCCCAUUAAUUUCACGCAAUUUUUCAGAAAGUGGCGACGUUGAGAAAACUAUUGCUUCUGUUAGGCUGCAUAAUGGUAUAGCGAAGACGAAGGCACUGGCAGAGGAAUAUAGAGACAAGGCCUUACAGAAUCUACGAGAUUCUCUUCCUGAUUCUGAUGCCCGGUCUGCCCUAGAAUUCUUAACUAAUAGUAUAUUGACAAGAAGAAAGUAA